GAAUCAAAUUCUGUUUCUCACCUUGACAGUUCGAAGUUUGUUUACCUUAUGAAGUGAAUGUAAAUAAUAGAACAAAAAUUGGUCAGCUUUCAUGUUAAUUCCAUUUUUAUAUGCUUGUAUGACCAUUGAUUGAGAGGACAGACGCACCGCAAUUUACCAUGGAGAAGAGUUUAAAACCUGCAUGCAGAGCAUGGGAGGAAUCUAUGUAAAUCACCUUCCGCAUGAGGAGUAUGUCUACUCCAGUGACUCCAACAGCUGCUCGCAAAAGAACAUUUCCUCAGCUUAAACCACUUCAAGUUCUUGUUACUGCAGUCCUUGGUUAUGGCACUUCAUCUGGUGACAAUAAUGAAGGAGGAAGUGGAUGGUGGGGGGCUAUUGGAGGAGUUGUUGGGGAGUUUUUGCAAGGAUGGGGCCUUUUUGGCGCAUUACGCAAAAGAUCAGGGGCCCCCGGAGGUGUCCGCUCGACCCCUGCGACACCUCCCAUGCACAGUCAUCCCUCUUCACCGACACAUGAACACAUUGAGCUCCGACAGUUAAGUUUUCAGGUGGCUACUGGAUGAUCAGUCACCUUAAAUCAGCAGUUCAACAGUUGUCAGUCAGAGAGUUCUCAAGAUAAUUACAGUUGGGUAAAGUGCAAUCAACUUCAUGUGGUGAACCAGUCAAAAUCAUCCUUUAUG